AUGGCACUCCUCAAUUCCCUCCUUCACGUUACCAACUUCCGCAAUCCCUUCAUCCGCACGCUUGUCCCCUCCAUCAGCGCAGCCUUUGCUGUCCAAGCAGCAGUAGCCGUCCCAUCCAUCCUUGCACAAUCCGAGCGUUUCUACGACCUUUCUGGGUCGUUGACUUAUAUUUCUGUGACUGCGUUGAGCUUGUAUCUUCCGGCUUUGAGAGCUAGAGCGGCUGCGUCGCUGGCGGGGAAAGCGCAGCCUGCGUUGCCGAGUUUGCUGGAUGCUUUGACUGGCAAGGGAGGGCCCAAUGGGCUUAAUUGGAGGCAGGUUGUUAUAAGUACUGCGGUCGCUGUGUGGGAACUUAUCUCUUUCAGCGAGUUAUCUCGGAUGGAAAGGAUUCUAGGUAUUAAGCAUAUUUCACUAGUACAGGAAAGAGAACUAACAUUCCAAAGAUUCGAUGAAAUCAAAAAGUCCCCACCAAAGUUCUUCGGGGCUUUCAUGGUCCAAGCAACCUGGGUCUCCCUGUGUCUGAUGCCCGUCCUAGCCCUGAACUCGAUUCCUCACGUAGCUCUUUCCGCCCUGCCUGUAAUCGGCGUAACCGAUAUCAUCGGCCUCCUGCUUUUCGCAGGUGGUCUGACAUUUGAGGUUACAGCCGAUAGACAAAAGAACGCUUGGGUACAAGCGAAGAAAAACAAGGAGCAUGAUGAGGAUUUCUUGACGCGUGGGUUGUGGGGUAAAAGCCGUCAUCCGAACUACUUUGGAGAGAGCACGCUAUGGACAGGAAUCGCUACCACGGCAGCAGGUGUCCUCAUGAGCAACGCAGGCCAACUUGGCAUGGGUCUCGCCAGCACCAGCUACGGCGGAAUAUUGGGUCUGGGAAUGGCUGCUGUGUCCCCUGCCUUUGUGACGUUCUUGCUUUUCAAAGUCUCGGGUAUUCCGCUGAGCGAGAAUAAGUAUGAUGAGAAGUAUGGUGACCGUAAGGAUUAUCAGGAGUGGAAGAAGAACACGCCGAUGUUCUUUCCCAAAUUCUAG